AUGUACUGGGAGAAGUCAUAUGCCCGAAGGCGUGCCGACCGCCUGCCGGUGCUAGUAACGGCACCGCUUCCGAAUGACAACGGGCCGCUUGGGCGACGCACGCUCUCGGGCCACAGCUGCGCCCUUUGUGGCGGUGCCAGACACCCCCCCGUAUCCCAAGGCCUCGACGGCACCAGCUCUGUCCUCACACGCCAUGUUCCUAUCCAGGCCGUCCAGGCCGAAAUCACUCGUCCACUGCUACUUUCCCUCUUGUACACCUCCGGCCCACCCGGGCCUGACGCAGAGAGAUUGGACAGGCCACGCCCUCCACAAGGGCCAGACUCGACGCGGUAUGGCUCUUCGUCUCGAGCGGGAAACCAUAAACGCCACCAACCCUCGACAUGGCACCUCAGGGCGUUCACAUAUGCCAGUCGUCGACAGUGGGGGGUGCCAUCCAACUCGUCUCAGCGAAUGGCCGUCGAAAACAGGUUGACGCUCUGGAUCAUGACCACAAUCUAG